UAUUCUACCAGUUGUCUUCUUUGUCGUCCCUGGCUCUCCCCAGUCCACCCACGCACGGCCAUGGCCGUCAUUCCGCCAAACACGUGAGGAGAAGCUGCCAAACAUCCAAAGUCCAAAACUCAUCGAUCCCCUCUCCCAAGCUCCCAAGAUGCUCUCUCUUCCUCCACUAUUGCAGCUCCCUCCUCGCUGACCCGUGUCUUGCAACUCCAAGAACCAUGUCCUCCCUGCUGCUUCAAUCUCCGAGGCCUCGCCUCCUCCUGACCGCCCCGUCGAGCCGACGGCACCUGCAAUGUGUAGAACAUCUCUUGUUGCCCCGGAGGAGCCCAAGGGUGCGGCUCGGCGUGCGCAUGGCCGAGACGGCCUGGGUCGAGAGCGGCGGCGGGGCGUCGCCGGAGGUCGGGGUUUCCGCGGAGGGAGGCGCGAUGGUAGACAUGGGAAGAGACGACGAACUGCGAGGCCCGUCGCCGGAAGCGAACCGGUGGGCGCCCGUGGAGGCGGCGCUGAACUUGAUGAGCAAAUGGCUGGUGGCGGCUGCUUAUGUUUUUGCAGGUCUUUGGAAGCAUGAUGUGGAAAUUAUGUGGGUUUUCCUAGGUGCGGCUGUCAGCUACCUGCUUUCACUGUUUCUUAAAAGGGUGCUAAACCAUGAAAGACCGACAGAUUUACGGUCUGAUCCUGGGAUGCCAUCCUCCCAUGCACAAUCCCUCUGCUAUGCUGCGACGUUCCUUGUUCUUUCAUUGUACCACUACCUUGGGACAAACUAUCUGACGAUGAUCCUUGGACCGGCGGCUCUGUCAGUGGCCUUCUAUCUAUCAUGGCUACGAGUGUCGCAGCGCCUUCACACGCUGAACCAGGUCAUGGUGGGCGCUGCUGUAGGAUCUGCCUUCGGUGCCCUUUGGUUUGUGCUCUGGCGCUCGCUCGUGCCGGAGGCAGUUGCUUCAUCGCCGUCGGCAAAGAUCGCGGCCGUCCUCGUAUCAGCAGCAACUUGUGUCAGCCUAAUUUUCGCCAACCAUGGAUAGAGUUUUAGCAAUAGAAUUGCUGCUUAAUAAAUUCCCAUGUGAAUUUUGUUGGUGUCUCAUAUUUUCUUUUGUAAACAUUAUAAGUGUGUUUGCAGACGGAGGUGCUGCAGUUUGAUGUAAUGACUGGGUUGUAGCCUUUUGGAGGUCAAGACCGGGAUGUUUUCUUUUCCCAUCA